UCAGGUUCUUCCACUUCCGCUCGUUUACCCGGAAACACUCGGUUGGCCUUGGCAACGUCUAGCUGGCCUCACUCCACUGUGAAGCAUAAAGACAGCGAAGGGAAAUAUCAAAGAAAAGAUUAAAAGAAGGAUUGGAUUCGUGUUCUCCGACCCUCUCAUCACCCCCAGAGGAGCGACGAGCGGUGCAGACUGCAACCAGAAUGACAAGCUCAUCUGCUCCAAGGAUGGUGAACAGUUACAAGAGGACGUCCAGUCCCCGGUCGCCCACAAACACCGGGGACCUCUUCACCCCCGCUCACGAGGAGAACGUGCGCUUCAUCCAUGACACCUGGCAGUGUGUACUCCGAGACAUCAGGUCAACACAGAACAGCGAACGGAACGAGCGCGGACCACAGGAGUAUGUGGAGAAGAACCCCAACCCUAACCUCCAUUCUUUCACACCAGUGGACCUGAGUGACCUCAAGAAACGCAACACACAAGACGCCAAGAAGUCCUAGUCUCCCACCGCUGCGCCUCCAACUUUUUUAUUUAGUUUCUCCUCAACCUUUUAUCUUUGGGAACUUUUGGCUCUCAGUCCUCCAUCAGCCAGCACAUUGGCCCUCAUCACUGCCCCCCCCCCCCGAGCCCGAUCCAACCCCCCCCCCACGGACCCUGAACCCCGCCCGCCCGUCACCCCUGUCCCUUUACUCUCUCUUCCUCUCUUUCUCUCCCUCUGCCCUUUUCUGAAAAUCCUUAUGAGGGCUUGGUUACAAAAAACGUAAAAAACAGACCAUUUCCAGUUUCAUAAUCAGUUCUCUUCAUGUCAUUGAAGGUUAAGAUUCUUCAUAUACAUACAUUUUUUUAAUCAAGGGAACUGAUGCAGAACAUCAGACGAGGGGGAGACCGAUGCCGGGUGCAGACUGUUCUCCACCAGAAGAGGAGUCUCUCACCGAUACAAACCUGUUUCUGUACCAACCUGACCGGGGCGACGGGCCAAGGACUGACUUCUAUUUUUUGAUCUUGAAAGUUUAUUAGAGUAAUUUUAGAAGUAUUGGAAUGGUCUUAUUUUGAAAGCCAAAUGCUAUGUAGAAUGCCAACGUGUGUUUCUUUUUCUUUUUUUAAAUAAAGAUUCCCGUAAAAGGAAGUCUCUUAAAACGGAUUUAAAGUAGAGAUCUCCUCCAAUAUGCUGUCCUAAAUUGACUUCCCAGCAUUGGAAACAUGUUGAAUAAAAUACUUUUACAAUA